AAUAACCAAACACCACCCACGGGUUUCUUUCAUAAUGGUCUCUUUCAGUUAAACCAGAAACCACAGCAACAAAGAAGGCAAAGGUUAUGCCAAUAAAGAGAGGUCAGAGAGAGAGAGAGAGAGAGAGAGAGAGAGAGAGAGAGCGUUUAGAUAGAUAGGUAGAAAGAGAGAAAGAAAGGGUCAUGCGUCUUUUCUGAUAUAACAACAACAUGAACCCUCAUCUAGCUUUAAACCUACCACCACCUCAUCCCCAUUUGGUUUCAUCAUCCUCAUCGUCAGUUCUGGACUCUUUCUCUUAUUAAUAGUUCCUGAACAAUUAUGUGACCAAAUCACGGAGGCGUUUUAGUUUUGGGUUCCACAUAUAUUCUCAACAUGGCAGUUCAAGCUCAGACCAUGUAUUUCUCAGAAAAUUUAGGCAUGAGUGGCUUUCCACAGCAACAGGAUUGGGCUCUGAUCAGCCCUCCUCCACUUUCCGAUUCCGGGUUUGAUCAUGACUUCUUUUCCGGCAUCAUUCCAAACCCUCAACCUUAUCAGCAGCAACAAGCUCCUCAGUUUCAUCAAAAUCUAGAAGCUAACCGGUUAGGAGUUUCUUCUGUUUCUCCUAAUUCCACUUGCAAUAGCUUCCUUCCCACAACGUCAUUAUUUCCCGAUACUCUGACCGCUCAGCUCGACUUGCAAAGGCGGGAGAUAGAUUGCAUUCUUCAGUUGCAGAAUGAGAAGCUGAGAUUUGCUUUGCAAGAGCAGAGGAAGCGACAGCUGGCGGCUCUGUUGAGCAACUUCGAGUCGAGGACGUCGAGUUUGAUGAGGCAAAAAGAGGAGCACUUAUCACAAGCGAGAAAGAGAGCAAUGGAGCUUCAAGAUUGCUUGAGAAAAGCGGAGAUGGAGACCGAGACGUGGCAGAGAUUGGCCAAAGCAAACGAGACGACGGUGAUGGACCUCAACAACGCGCUCGAACAGGUCAAAGAGAGAAUGGUCCUGUGCAGCAACGAAGCCGAUGAUGCAGAGUCCUUCUGUGGCUCGUGUGAGAAGCAGCAGCAACAAGUGCUUUCAGAAAUAGUAGCUCACAAAAAGCUGGGUUUGGAUUGUAAAAGCUGUAAUGCUAGAAGGUCGUGCGUGCUUUUUCUUCCUUGCAGACACCUCUGUUCGUGCAAGUUUUGUGAAGCUUUUCUUGAUUGCUGCCCCGUGUGUAAAUCCACCAAGGAGGCAAGCAUGGAGGUCUUUUUGGUCUAACACCAAAGAGCUUGCCUUCCCUUUUCUUUAUUUAAUUGUUGAGGAAGUACACACUGUUGAUACCAGUACUUUCCCGGUCCGUCAUUGUAGUCGGAAAUUUUUUGUACUGAAAAUUCAUCAUGAUGUGGUAAAAAAGAAGAAUCUUAUUAACCCUUUUUCCUGUUAGGUAAAUUAUU